AUGUACAUGUCUUCAUUGUCUCCAAGACUCCACAAAUCAUACAAAGCUAGAUGUGCUAGCUUACCGGUUCGGUCUCAUCCGAGUGUUAGGAGGAUUCAAGAAGUGGUCUCCAAGGUCAGAGCUCUGGGGUCGUCUUCGCUAGAGUCGAGGACCAUGGUCCGUGACGGUCUAUCUGGUCUCACCGAACUUUAUAGAUGUUUAAGUGAAGAUCUUUUCAAGUCUUCUUCUGAAACUCAACAAACUCUUCUAAACAGUGGCUUGAUGGAUGAGUUUCUUGAAGUGUCGCUGAAGUACUUAGAGGUUUGCGGAGGAGCUAAGGACGGUGCGUCGAGGAUCAAAAAGAGUGUUGUUGAGCUUCAGUCUGCUUUGAGAAGGAGCAAGAAGGGUGGUGAGUUUAGCCUCGAGAAUGACAUGGAUGCUUACUUGGCGUCACGUAAAGAGAUCAAGAAGGAUAUCAAGAAGUAUAUGGUAAUGUCGAAAGAGACAGACGCGUGUUUGGAGAGUAGUGUUUGCCGUGGUGGUGAUGAUCAAGAGAUGAGUUCUUUGGUGAGAGUGAUGCAAGAAACAAGCGUGAUCACUUGUUUCGUCUUGCGCACGGUUUUGUCGUUCUUGUCGUCGCCAAAAGGGUUAAGGAGUAAGAGUCAUCAUCAACACAAAGGUUGGGGCAUUGUUAUGAAGCUUGUGAAGAAAGGGAUAGAUCAUCACAAUCAGGAGAAGAGAGAUCAUGAGAAAGGCUUCUCCUGUCUGGAGCUUGAAGCUAUGGAAACUGAAAUCGGGAAGCUUGUUACAAAGGAAGAUCAAGAAGAGGAGAAAGAGAUUAGUGAGGAAAUAAAUGAAAGGAUUCAGUGUUCAUUGGUUAGAUCCAAAGAAGUAGAGGCAACCAUGGAAGAGCUUGAAGAGGGACUCCAAGGAUUGUUCAAGGUGAUGAUACAAGCUAGAGUCUCUCUUCUGAACAUCCUAUCCACAUAAAUAAUAUGUGACCAGAUCCGAGUUUAU